UAUGUUGCCUGGACGCUUGACCCCGCGAGGCACUCGUCAUUGAGCCUACUGGUGGGCAUGCAGCUCCCUCUGGUCUCGCCAUUUGCUACCUAAAGUACCCAGUACGACAAUGAGUGUGCCCUCGUACCUGCGCUUGGCCUUUCGGCCGUGCCAGGCGGCGUUGAGCGCUCAUCCCGGGAGAUCGUUGCUGUACCUUCAGCAGUCAGUGGUGCCUUCAGUCCGGAUCCUGUCGCAUGCGCUCGAAUACGAUUAUUCCGCAUCCUUCGGGACCCGACAAAAGACUCCUAGAAGAUACGCGAGUAGUGCUCCAGAGCCCUCAGCUAUUCCGUGCAUUCCUUACGCCUCAUUGACUGUCGGCAUCCCUCGGGAAACCUUUCCCCACGAACGACGUGUUGCGAUUACCCCGCAGACUGUUGCUCUUCUGCUCAAGAAAGGCUUCUCGCGGGUGCUGGUCGAGCGCGGCGCGGGUGAGAAGGCCGAGUUUCUCGACAAGGCCUACGAAGAAGCUGGGGCGACCUUGGUGGAGAGGAACGCUGUGUGGUCCGAAAGCCAGAUCGUGCUGAAGGUGCGCAGCCCUCAGCUUCAGGGUCCGAACAACGAAGCUCGAGAUUUGCGCCAAGGCAGCACAAUCGUUUCGUUUCUGUACCCAGCCCAAAAUAAGCCGCUGGUGGAAGAGCUGGCCGUGCGUGGUGUAACCUCUUUCGCCAUGGAUAUGAUCCCCCGAAUUUCUCGCGCCCAGACAUUUGAUGCGCUGAGCUCCAUGGCCAACAUUGCCGGCUACAAAGCGGUUUUAGAAGCUUCAAAUCAUUUUGGUCGAUUCCUAACUGGACAGGUCACGGCUGCUGGAAAGAUACCUCCUAGCAAAGUGCUGGUCAUAGGAGCUGGCGUAGCUGGUCUGAGCGCAAUCGCGUCGGCUCGAAGACUAGGUGCCAUCGUUCGUGGGUUCGAUACUCGGCCCGCUGUCCGUGAACAAGUUCAGUCCUUAGGUGCUGAAUUCAUCGAGGUCGAUAUCCAAGAGGAUGGUUCCGGACAAGGAGGCUAUGCGAAGGAAAUGUCCAAAGAGUUCAUUGAAGCGGAAAUGAAGCUUUUCAUGGAACAGUGCAAAGAAGUGGAUAUUAUAGUCACUACAGCUCUGAUUCCUGGCAAGCCAGCCCCCAAGCUGAUUACCAAGGAGAUGGUCGCGGCGAUGAAACCUGGAUCAGUGAUUGUGGAUCUUGCUGCAGAGGCUGGUGGGAACUGCGAAGCGACGGUACCCGGACAAUUGACCAAGUAUAAGGAUGUCACGGCGUUUGCACCUACAUGUCGAUUAACCUCAUUAGGUUACACCGACCUGCCGUCGCGCUUGCCGACUCAGUCAUCGACCCUUUAUUCCAACAAUAUCACGAAAUUCCUUCUCUCCAUGGCUCCAAAAGAGAAUUCUUUUGGCAUAGACCUGUCGGACGAGGUCGUUCGCGGCUCGAUCGUCACUCUGGAGGGAAAGAUAUUACCGCCUGCGCCACGGCCAGUACCGCCACCUGCUCCCAAGCUUGAUGCAGCUGUGCCUUCCAAGGAGCAAGUGGCGUUAGCAUUAACUCCAUGGCAAAAGGUAACCCGUCAAGUGGCUGCUACAACUGCUGGUAUGGGAACCGCUCUUGCUCUAGGCAAAGCCACCGGGCCUGUGUUCAUGGGAAACUUGAUGACCUUCGGGCUUGCUGGACUUGUCGGCUAUCGUGCUGUAUGGGGUGUCGCGCCUGCUCUCCAUUCGCCUUUGAUGAGUGUUACCAACGCGAUAUCUGGGAUGGUGGGAAUUGGAGGAUUCUUCAUAAUGGGCGGAGGCUAUGUGCCCAGCACGGUGCCAGAAGCUCUCGGGGCCAUUUCGGUCUUGAUGGCAUUCAUGAACAUUUCCGGUGGCUUUGUCAUUACCAAGCGCAUGCUGGACAUGUUCAAGCGGCCUACCGACCCUCCGGAAUACCCCUGGCUAUAUGCCAUUCCGGGCGUAUUGUUUGGGGGCGGUUUCGUUGCUGCCGCUAGUACCGGUAUGGCUGGCCUGGUUCAAGCUGGUUAUCUUGUCAGUAGUCUUCUUUGCAUUGCGUCUAUUUCUGGCCUGGCCUCCCAGCAAACUGCCCGACGCGGAAACAUUCUCGGUAUCCUAGGGGUUGGCGCUGGUAUCAUCGCUUCUCUUGCGGCUGUUGGCUUCUCCCCUGAAGUGCUGACGCAAUUUGGCGCGGUGGCAGGCGUGGGUGCGGUCGUUGGUGCGUUGAUUGGGCGUCGCAUCACUCCAACCGGGCUCCCGCAGACUGUUGCGGCCUUGCAUUCAGUCGUUGGAUUGGCGGCUGUUCUUACAAGCAUUGGAAGUGUAAUCGCGGAUGUCAGCCAUAUCUCGACUUUACACAUGGUGACGGCAUACCUUGGUGUUCUCAUUGCAGGUGGCGUCACCUUCACGGGUUCGAUCGUCGCUUUCUUGAAACUUGCCGGUCGCAUGUCUUCACGGCCGACGAUACUGCCAGGCCGACAUCUGAUCAAUGCAAGCCUGCUUGGGACCAAUGUCGCAACUAUGGGGGCUUUUGUGACGAUGGCACCCGGCUCACCGGUCAUCGCCGCGACAUGUUUGGGUGCAAAUACGGCACUCAGUUUUCUAAAGGGUUACACUACCACUGCUGCGAUUGGCGGAGCUGACAUGCCUGUGGUCAUUACGGUUCUCAAUGCAUAUUCUGGAUUUGCAUUGGUAGCCGAAGGGUUCAUGCUUAACAAUCCGCUUCUGACAAGCGUGGGCUCCUUGAUUGGAGUAAGCGGCUCUAUCCUGUCAUAUAUCAUGUGCGUUGCGAUGAAUCGAUCUCUUACCAAUGUGCUAUUCGGCGGAAUUGCUGCUCCUCAGCAAGCAAAGAAGAUUGAAGGACAGGUAACCCAGGUUACCGUGGACGAUACUGUCGAAUCUUUGUCGAACGCGGAGAGUGUGAUCAUAGUUGUCGGCUAUGGCAUGGCUGUUGCCAAGGCACAAUAUGCCCUUGCCGAGAUUGUGCGUAUGCUGCGCUUCAAAGGCGUCACCGUGCGAUUCGCCAUUCACCCGGUGGCAGGGAGAAUGCCCGGCCAGUGCAACGUGCUCCUUGCGGAGGCCGCCGUGCCCUAUGAUAUUGUGCUCGAGAUGGAUGAGAUCAACGAUGAUUUCCCCGAUACGGACUUGACAUUGGUCAUUGGCGCAAAUGACACCGUCAACCCAAUUGCUCUGGAAGCGGAUUCGCCCAUCUCUGGCAUGCCCGUGCUGCAUGCGUGGAAGAGCAAAGAGGUUAUUGUGAUGAAACGCGGCAUGUCCAGCGGAUACGCUGAUGUACCCAACCCGAUGUUCUAUAUGCCGGGGACCAAGAUGCUCUUUGGAGAUGCGAAGACUUCAUGUGAUGCCAUCAAGAGCGCCUUAGAGGCACGCAAGUAG